ACGUGGAGGUUUUGAGAGUGCUCUGUAGGUCGGUGUUGGCUUUAACCAAUGCCCACCUGUUUGUUCAAGUACGCUAAUAACAUCAGAGCCCGGAAGUCACUCCUCACUCUCAUUUAACUUGUUUGGAGGACGCACCACGAAAUAACUUCACUUGCAAACAACUGCAAAGCACGCAUCACUUUGUGGAAACGGACCGCAACGACAGUAGAGUCGACUACCGACACGCAGACAGACUGUGGACAAGGAUCCUGCCAGGAGUGAUGCCGCCUGCCUUCCUUCUGUGUCUUCCACCCUGCUCACUUCAAGCAUCAUGCAAAGACACAAUGACGGACUGGACAAGUCUAUUUAUAGCCAGCCUCUCGGACAACACUCGCCUCUCGUUUUUCGAGCCGUGUGGACUGAGUGGACAUCCGCCGUGGCUCGUCUGUGCACACGUGCUCAUAACCGAGAGAGAGAGAGCAGAGUCGAGAGUGGAGAGUAACGUCGCUUAGUGGAUUAAUCCAUAGGAGGAAGAUGGGAGGCUGAGUGUGAUAAGAAGCAGCAGGCACAGACGGGGAUGCGGGAUUCAGCAGCUUCUCUCUUGCUUGGAACGGAAACCGGGAUGCCUCUACAUGCAGGAAGAGGGCUGGUGAAGGCGGUCCCAUCUCGCUGGGAAACACACUGGAAUAUUGUCCUGAAUCAUGGACUGAUGAUGCAAGAUGAUGCUUAACAAGCACCUCCACUAUUAACAUCUUCCAGGUGAAGCGAUGAUGGCUGACACGUCAAAGCGGUCCCUUAUAGUCACCAUCUCCACCAAAGCAUGAUGCCCCUCUCCAAAACGGACCCCAAACUGCAAAACAACAGUCUCCCAAAUCCCACAAGACGACUUCCUUCCUGUUCCUCAUCCUCUGCAUCAUCAGGUACCACAGAGUUGCUUCUGAGAGAUCCAACUCUGAAGAAUCUUCUACACCAAAAUUCCAGUCUAUAUUCCCAAAGGAGCACAGCAGUGAUGGAACGAACUGAUGGAACCAGCUCGGCGUACAGCAGUCCUCGUAUUCCAAAGAGAGAAGCUCCACGUUCAAAAGACACGUUGGACCUCCACACGGGUACUCUAACUCAGCGGGCCCUUCGAGAUCUUCAACUAAGAAGAAACACCAACAAGAAUUGGACCUUUGGGAAAUAUCGUCAGAGGAACGUUGACAAUGCCGACAGCACGGAAAAAGCAGUCGUGUCCCGGCAACAAUAUGGGAAGGGACAUCUUUAUACUAAAGGGCGUAACAGGAAUAUGGUGUCUUCGCAUGGAAUGGGGGGCUUCAUACCAGAGGUGAGGAGCAUCUCCAACCAGGACCACAGUGCUUCUAAAACAAAGAUCAGUGAGCCAGGACGAGUGAACAUGGCAGCUGUUGCUCCCUUCAGGUUCAGGUAUAAGGCUCAGGAUGACCAAGACGCCACGCUGGAGGACCUGAGCGACUGUUCCUCUGACUCCAUGGAGGUCUGCUGUGAUGAUCUCAACCCCGAGUCACAGAGGAAGCGCACGGUGCAGAAUGUCCUCGACCUCCGCCAGAAUUUGGAAGACACAAUGUCAAGUCUGCGGGGCUCUCAGCUCAGCCACAGCUGUUUGGAGAGCAGCAACGUGGGCUACGACAGCGACGACACCAACGCUCGUAGCAUGUCCAGCCUCUCUAACCGCUCCUCGCCUCUGUCGUGGCGCCAUGGCCAGUCCAGCCCUCGUCUCCAAGCGGGCGACGCCCCAUCCUCCACAGCAGUAGGAUACCAAGGGGUCAAAACCGCCUCCCACCAGUACGCAGCCCAAACCAUGCCGGCUCGCUGCUCGAGCCACCUCAGCGGCACAUCACGUAUCGAGCUGUUGGAUGGGCUCGAGGACGGCGACCUCAAGUCCGGUUACUUGAGCGACAGUGACCUUCUGGGAAAGAGCCUCCCGGAUGACGAGGACAACCUCACUAAUGGCUGGGAUGAAAGCAGCUCCAUCAGCAGCGGACUCAGCGAUGGCGACGGCGAAGGCUCGGACAAUCUCAGCUCAGAGGAGUUCAACGCCAGCUCGUCCCUCAACUCCCUCCCAAACACGCCCCUGGGAUCCAGACGCAACUCCUCAGUUAUGCUCCGCACGGAUGCAGAGAAGCGAUCCCUGGUAGAGAGCGGACUCUCCUGGUACAGCGAGGACGGCAAAGUCAGCCACAAGCUAAACACCAGCAGCUUUGACACGGGGAGUCUCAAAAUGGAAGCACCGAGCAAGUGGAGGAAGAAGCCCCCGAGCCUGAGUGAGGACUUCGGGGUCAAGGGUGAACUGAGAAAACCUCAAAGUUUAGGUGCGCCGGGGAGCUUUAAGAAGAGUCGGAAUCCUCCAGUGGGUGUGACCUCUCCUAUCACCCACACAUCUCAGAGCGUGCUGAAAGUGGCAGUACCAAAGAGUGACAAGCCACAAGAUAAAUCCAAGAUCUCCAUCAAGACCGGCGGUCUCCAAAGGUCACGCUCCGAUGCAGGUCGGGAUCAUCACAUGAUGGAGCCACGUAAGCCCCCUUCUGGUCUGGUCAAACCCAUGACUGGAGCCUCAUUCGGCUACAAGAAGCCAGCCACAGCUACUGGUACCGCCACAGUCCUGACAGCAGGGGGCACCACCAUCUCCAGUGGCUCUUCAACUGUGGGGAAACCUCCCAAGUCCACAGCAAUCCCAGUGAAGCCCGCGGGGGGACGUAAGAAUAGCUUUGAUGCCAGUAGCGAGCAGAGCUUCCUGGGGCCAAAUGCCCGAAACAGCAUCCAGUACCGCAGCCUGCCUCGUCCUGCCAAGUCCAGUACACUCAGUGUGAUUGGUCGGCCAGCAUCCCGACCCGUCAGCGGCACCAUAGAUCCAAGUCUGUUGAGUCUCAAACCUGUCAGCAUGGCCUCAGCAAACCCACGAGUGAAAGAACCCUCCAAUUUCAGCAGCAAAAUAUCAAACCGGACAUUCACUGGCCCGGUGAACCAGACGGAUAGAGAGAAGGAAAAGGCGAAGGCCAAAGCCGUGUGCGCUGAUAUGGAAUGUGGUUCUCUGAAAGGAGAUGAGGUCGUGUCUGAGUCCUCACGAGAAUCUGUGGUGAAACUGCACGGCCUCAGACGGACCAGCAGCAGCAAAUAUCCUGAACUGUCUUCCCCCACCACACCGAGGAUGUUGGCAAAGUCUCUGGGUCGUCCACCCAGCUUGGCACAUCUGGACAAGGUCAACUCCAACAGUCUGGACUCCUGCGUGACCAUCCAGGAUCUCCCCCCCAAAGUCCCUCCUUACUCCAAGCUCCAGGACCUGGCUGGCUCCCACUCUGCAGCACGUCUGACCCCCAGCCCGGCACCCGUGCUCCACAUUGACUCUCCUGGCUCGUUCAACAGCGAGAGCCUGGGUGGUUCACCUCUGCUCUACCCCAAACUGUCAACUAUGCACCGCAGCAUGGAGUCGCUGCCCCUCCAGAUGAGUGUGCCCUCUUCUGCCAGGUUUAGCACCACAGAGUCGAAACCAAAUCAGGAAAGGGGCGCAGGGACAUGGAGUACUGGGAGCCGGACAUCCCUCAACCUUUUCGAAGGGCUGCAAACGGACAGGAACACUUUGCCAAAGAAAGGAUUGGAACGCUGCGGAUCGAGUCUGUCGGAUAGUGACGGGAUAAAACCGGGAAGACGCCACUCCCACAACGCCGUCAGCACGACGGAGAGUGACAGCCCACCUCAGCUGCCUUCACCCACCCGUGCACUUCACCUCUUAUCCGCCACCAAAGCCCCUCUCACCAACGUGGUUGCCCCAAUUUCUUCAGGCACUCCGAGGAUAUCACGCUCUAACAGCAUUGGGCCUCCUAGUGACUCCGCCUGUGAUCUGUAUGGAUCCUCUCCCCUUGGCAGCAGCAUGUCCCUGGCUGAAAGGCCCAAAAGCAUGAUGCGGUCUGGAUCUUUCCGUGAACCUACAGACGACGUGCACGGUUCUGUACUCUCUUUGGCUUCCAAUGCUUCGUCCAACUAUUCGAAUGAGGAGAGGAUACAAGGAGAGCAAAUCCGCAAACUCCGACGUGAGCUGGAAUCCUCGCAGGAAAAAGUGGCCGACUUGACCAUGCAGCUUUCUGCUAACGCUAAUCUGGUAGCAGCUUUUGAACAGAGCCUGGCACUGAUGACAGCUCGUCUUCAGACCUUGUCUGUGUCGUCUGAGCAGAAGGAUUCUGAACUGAAUGAUCUGAGGGAAACCAUUGAGAUUCUAAAGACUAAAAACACAGAAGCCCAAGAAAUCAUCCACGGGGCUCUCAAUAAUUCAGAAAUUGCAUCUAAAGGUAGAUACUGUAUAUCGUACAAUACAGGAACAGAAAUUCUAAAGCCACCCAUGUCAUAUCUAAUUGUGUCUCGGUUCCAAUUUGAUUCAGAACUGCAGAUCAAUCGUCAGAACUCGUCUGAAAGCAUCUCGAGCCUCACCAGCACCACCAGCCACUCGAGUAUGGGCAGCAUCAAGGAACAGGAGGCCAAGAAGAAGAAGAAGAAGAGCUGGUUACGCAGCUCUUUCAACAAGGCUUUCAAUAAGAAGGGCUCGAAAGGGCCCUAUGCCGACAUUGAGGAAAUCGCCACACCGGAGUCAUCAGCCCCGUCAUCACCCAAAGUCCACCAUGAUGGAGAUAACCCUCCACCAUCAUCUAUGAAAGCCUCAGCCUCUGCAUCAUCAUCUGGGUUAUGUGAGGGGAGCGAGGCAGGGGAUGACAAGGUUGUGUCGGACCUUCGCUCGGAACUCUGGGAAAAGGAGAGGAAACUGACUGACAUCCGUCUGGAGGCUUUGACCUCUGCGCAUCAACUGGAGCAGCUGCAGGAGACCAUGACCAACAUGCAGAAGACUGUGGAAAAUCUAAAGGUAGAGAACGACCAACUGAGGACAAGCGGCAACUCCCCCUGUCCGUCUCCUGGACCGUCCAGUUCCGUGUCCCAGUCCUCGGGUCUCACUUGUCUCAGCAAUUCAUCACCACGGCAGUCAGUAGCGGUGGCUAAAGGAUACACCAGAAGGCUGAGUGAUGGAACCUGUGCAGCAGAUUCCACCGAUUACGCAAGUCUGUCCUCACAGAGAGACGACCACCGUGUCAGGGUGGUGGUUUCUGUGGUGGAUUUACACGUCUUUAAAGAUGAGGUCAAACAGUCGGAUUUAUUCAUCGGCACGGUCAGAGUGAACGGAAGGAUGGACUGGCCCAUGCUGGACUCAGCCGUCAGCCAGGCCUUCAAGGUUUACAUUGCCAAAGUGGACCCCAAUUCCAGUCUUGGCUUGUCCACAGACUCCAUCUUCAGUUACAGUAUGGGCCACAUCAAGAGGGUUCUUGGGGGAGAGGCUCCUGAGACGCAGCCCUCUCGGUGCAUGUCCCGGGGGCCCACCGGUAUCACUGUGGCUCUGAAAGGCUUGAAGGAGAAGUGCGUGGACAGCCUCAUCUUCGAGACCCUCAUACCUAAACCGAUGAUGCAACACUAUAUCAGCCUGCUACUCAAACACCGCAGACUCAUCCUAUCUGGUCCGAGCGGAACGGGUAAAACAUACCUCGCCUCCCGUCUGGCUGAGUACCUGGUGGACCGUAGUGCCCGCGAAGUCUCUGAUGGCAUCGUCAUGACCUUCAACAUGCAUCGCCAGUCAUGCAAGGAUCUACAGCUGUAUCUCUCCAACUUGGCCAAUCAAAUUGACAGAGAAACCAGCUCCUCUGAGAACCCUCUGGUCAUUAUUGUAGAUGAUAUUCAUGACCCAGCUGCGGUCAGCGAACUAGUCAAUGGGGCACUCACUUGCAAAUAUCACAAAUGUCCAUACAUCAUCGGAACAAGCAAUCAGCCAGUGAAGAUGACUGCAAACCACAGUCUUCACCUCAGCUUCAGGAUGGUGACCUUCUCCAACAACGUGGAGCCAGCUAACGGCUUCCUGGUGCGCUACCUGCACAGAAAGCUAAUGGAGUCUGAGGACGAGAGGAGUUUGACCAAUGACGACCUGAUCCAAGUGCUGGACUGGGUUCCCAAACUGUGGUAUCAUCUACACACCUUCCUGGAGAAGCACAGCACAUCUGACUUUCUCAUUGGACCCUGCUUCUUCCUGUCUUGUCCUGUCACAGUAGAUGAGUUUCGAUCGUGGUUCAUUGACCUAUGGAACCAUUCUAUUAUUCCCUACUUGCAAGAAGGAGCCAAGGAUGGCAUCAAGUUCCAUGGCCAGAAAGCAGUAUGGGAGGACCCGGUGGAGUGGGUGAGGGGCACACUGCCUUGGCCUUCUGCCCAGCAGGACCAGGCAAAACUGUUCCAUCUUCCUCCUCCAAGCAUCGGCUCCGGCAGUCCUGGUCAGUCCGGCGAGGAGAAGUCUCACAAGGAAACGACACCAAGCUCAGUGGAAUCUGAUCCGCUGAUGGCAAUGCUUUUGAAGCUUCAAGAGGCUGCCAAUUACAUUGAAUCCCCAGACAAAGACGAGCCCAGCCUGCCAAGACUGUGAACAAGUUCACACUUUAAACUCAGCACUUCAUAUCAUAAACUUUAUAGUCAUUAUUACUUGUCUGCUGUACUGUACAUUCAGGAACCUUAAGAAAUGGUUGUAGGGUGAUUUUAAAGUGUCAUUCCUUCACUGGAAGGCCAUGCAGUAUUUCCAAGAAGUUAUAGAGCGAUUUGAAAAAUAUAUAUUAUGUACUAGAUUCACUUCAGGUCCCUUUACCACCUCUUUGUCCUCAGUACUCUUCUUAGAUUGGUGCUAAUAGUUCAACAUGAAACACUUCAGGUGAAACAGUGCAUCACGGAAUAUGUUGUACUUGUCCACUGAAGCUGUUCUCACACACAGUAGGGGUGACUCGCUGCUGGAAAAAAAAAAGAGUACGACAGCAUGAGUUUGUCCGUCUCUAAAGCCAAAUGUUGCACAUUAUGCAAUCCUCAACGUUUCAACCUGAGCAGGUAAAACAACAAUUAAAAAAAACAAGAUGCCUUAAAAAACAAAAAGGUCAGCGUCACCACAACUUCAGCAGCUCACACUGGUGCUUACAUCAUCUUAACUCAUUAUCAGCUCAUCAGGUUUUAAUUACCCUUUUCUGCCAAUAUGACUAUUAUUUUUGAACACAUCCGUCAAGUCAUUCACAAAGAAAGAUUGCUGUCAUACUCUUUUUGAACACGCUUACUGGUGAUAUCAGCUAAUCACUGCUCACUAUUACUCUACUAGUACUAUUUGCUUCACCUUGAAACACAUAAUUAUCACCGUUGCUGCCGUUUAAACUAUACCAGGUAUUCUGACUGGUAUUCCUCUACUAGGGUGACGAUGCAGUUUGAAUCCACUGAUUUGAAACCUUUUGAAAAGGGGAUGAAGGAGUAUUAGGGCCACACUGAUGAUAAAGAAAAUAGUCACAGUUAGCUAACUCGAUUGCAAAGCUAGCUCAUAUAGUUGGGAAGCCUGCUUGGAAAAAAAACAGCAUAGAGCAGCUAGCAGCAUACAUUGUGUUGCAUGAUCAGCAUAUGUUGUGUUUUCGUGCUGGUAUGCCGGUCCAUAUACGUUGCGUUUUCGUGCUGGUAUGCUGUUCUGGAGACUAGCUCCCAGCAUGACCAGCAUACAUUGUGUUUCCGCGCUGGUCCUCCAGACCGGCAUAGACUAGCGACCAACCUACCAACACGAAAACACAAUUUAUGUUGGUAGCUGGUCUAUGCUGGUUUUUCCAGCAAACUAACAUGGGAAAGUAUAAUUUACCAGUUUCGAUAGCUUACCUCGUAAAUCAAGCAAGUAAUGUAAGUUACAAAAUCUGUGUAACCUAGCGAGUACUAAUGGCUAGUGACAUUGUCAACCAGAUAGUAAAGCAGAUUACGGGUUUGACUACGACUUAGCGCUUUGCUGAACUUGGUUGCUGAAGUAGCUAACACUUUUGCUAACUGGUAAUGCAAACUAGUGGCGCUGCUAUCUGUUAUUAAUCAUAAAACAUGUAAAACCAUGGAGCUAAUUUUACCUUUUGAUGGCUACCAAUUCCUGCGAUAAAAAAGGUCGAACAUGUAGCAAAUCUUAACUUUUCAUUGUUAUAAUUUUCGUCUUUGGAUUAUAUCAGUAAGCCAAAGCCAUUGACAAUUUUGGCAAUAGUGCGUCCCUAAUACUUGGCCAUGUAAUGCAGUUCUAGAAAGAUUGUGUACCUGGAAUCAGAUAACCAAAACAUUAUAAAAUAAAUGCACAAAUGAAUGUAGAGAAAAUGCUUGUGAAAGAGCCACUGAACGGUAUCGAACGUGUAGCAUGGGCGUUUGACGAAGCUGCGUCACAAAAUAAAAGCUAAUAAUGCCCCCCCAAAAAAGAUGUCUGAGUAGAAUGACUUUAAAGCUACCUACAGCCACUUCGCCAGGAGAAUUUUCAACAUUUACUAUAGGUGCAUAUGGUGCUUUUCAACAUUGUCACAAACUGUUUGUCGUAUUCAUGCAACAAUUCAGGGUAGCUUGAAGAGAUAGUUCCAAAAAAAUAUGUUUUUAGGAUGUCAACGACAUUUAGAGACAGUCGUGUGAGACAUUGUACGACAUACUACAUGGCCAUGCUGAUGUAUUCGUAUAGGAGAGCGGAUAACGCUGAUGAUCACUUUUUGAGGUGCUCCAUGUAGGUUGUUUUUUUUACUUAUAGUAAAACGUAAGUAAAGCAUAAGUGUCCCUAAAGAAGUUACGUAUGUAGUGAUUUUCAUUGUUCAAGGAUUGUGUACACAUUGUUGAAUGAACUCAUCAAACGAACGAAUGUCCCAUCACUUAAGCGACGACUCUAAGUUAUCUUGAUAAGAUGAAUUAAACACUUGUUGCUUUGUUCUUGUGUAGCACUUUUUUGCGAAUGAUAAGUAAAAUACAAAGAUGACUUUCAUAGUUAGCGUCCAAAAAAAAAAUUUAAAUUCUUGCUUUUUUUGCGAAUGAUCAUAAUCCCAAAGUGAAUUCAAAGAUGGGUUUCACAGUUAGGGUACAAAAAUGUGGGUUUCAAGUAUUGUAAAUAUGUCUGCCGCGUCCCUAAAAAGCUUGUCAUCUCAUUCAAUGGUCGUCGUGCUUGCAGUAGCUGUAACUUAGGUUUGCGUCAAAGUGUAUCAGAACUAUACAGCAACUUCUACUGGUGUUUGUCAGAAACUCGUGCAGAUCAUGUUCCUGCGUGUUCCGUCGCUCUGACGGGGUCAAGUGGUGAGCCUUAACGUUUGGGGUGUUGUGUUGGUAACAGGGUAAAAUGAAAAGACAUAGUUUGGAUGCCAUGUCCACAUGAAUAAUUCAUUAAUGGUCAUGAUUGUCAUUUCAGAUUGAAAGUUUCAUCCCAAAAACAGCACUUGUAUUGAUUUUAAAUAAACUACAAGCCAAUACAGGUUGCUGGAUAGUCAUAUUUUUGGAGAAAGUUGUUGACUUAACGGUAAAUGUAAAAAAAAAAAAAGAAGAAAAAAACCCAUAUGUUAUGAGAUCUUUGCAAAUGUUAAGGGUUUUUCUGUGUUGUAAAUGCAUGUAAACUUUUUGUGUGACAAUGAGUGACAUGAAUUGUUUAUUAGGAAGAUCAUUAAUGAUUUCCUUUUUAAAAAAAACAGAUAUUUGAUAUUUCUUCUUUGUUUUCUAAAGACUCCUUUAUAAAAGGUUAAUUUCUCUAUUUUGUACGAAACAUCAUUGUAAAGACUGUAAAUAUGGCAGCAUAUUCAGGAUGAAGCAACAAUCAGUGAAGAGGGUUUAGACUCGGGUUCCAUAAUACACAGCCAGGCCUCCAUCCAUACAUCAACACAUCACUGUUUGAUGAUGCUGGAGAUUGCUUCCUAUUCAUCAGCCUCCGAUUCAAUUUAAGGUGGCUUUAACCUAAUAUGCUGUGUGACUGUUUGACCACUGAUUUCUGUUUUUUUAUGACACCUAUCAAUGUAAAAAUAUUGUCGGUAAGACAUUACCUUUGGCUGACACCCACUGUUGUUUUUGUGAAACCUUUAUUCUAUUUGCAAAAAUGCAGUAAAGGCACAUUUUUUAAAUAAAGUUUAAUAAAUACCAUAGUGUCAGGUAAAGGUAAUGUCUUACCUAAAACAUCUAAAAUGUUUUCACAAUAAGAAGUGUCAGAAAAAAAGACCAUUGGGACAAACAGUCACACUGCACAGUAAGUUAAUUCCACUUUAAAUUUCCUUAAAGUGCUGAAUCGGAAGUUAGUGAAUCAGAAGCUAACUUCAGCAUUGUCACUGUUUGUUUAAAUCAAUAAAGUACAUGUUAUAUUUCAUCACCUGCUCCUUGUCGGUUCAUUUGACGAUGUGCAGCAGUGAUUUAAGUACUGACUUAAAAUAAACGAAAACUGCAUAGAAAAGAAGCACUCAAGUAUAGCUAGGAAGGAAAACUCUCUAGCUAAAGUUAGCUAGUAAUGUAAACAGAAAAGCUAGCGUGUAUUUCGGGCUCGUAAAGUUGGUACCUGAUGGCCGCAUUAGGCCAUUAAGCUAGCAGCUAUCACUAGUUAAAAAUAUGAGCGAAAACCUACGUAUUGGCUUUAUAUUACCUUAUAUUACAUUAUAUAACCUACGUAUUGGCGUAUAGCUGAUAAUGAUGUCCAGCUAGCAAAGCUAGUAUCGCUAACUACUAAUGUUGACUUGCCAAAUCUGUAACAAAGUAAAGUUAAUCUAAUGCAACUAAAGCUUGCUACAAGCUAAUUACUCCAAAAAGACAAUAACGCUUGUAAAUGAAGUUUGCUAUGAAGCCAUUAGUUAGUAAUUAUCACUUUUUUUAUUCUGAAGGAAGCUAUUGGCUAACUAACAAAGUGACUAAACUUACUACUAUCAAGUUAUGCUAGCUGUUCCUUUGGUGCUGGUAACAAACAGGAGCUGGAAAAGAAAAACUCAACUUUUAAGUCAAAAUCUUCUCACAUGAUCAUGAUAUGAUGAUAAAAACUAUAUACAUUUUUAAAUUCAGUGGAGUCUUGUAUAAAAAGCUACAAACCUUAUGUGUAUUUAUUGGUAACAAACUGGCUAACUUUUCUAAUGGAAUGUCAGCCUCUGCAACCAUUGCUACUAAAUCUUCAACAAUCUUAUAUAUCUACCGAUGCACGCAGUCAUUUUCAUCAUUUUUUAAUAAUUCGAAGAAUCUAUACCAGCAUACUGGCAGAUAAAAAAAAUAUAGCCCAACUCUAAUAUUGACACACUUAUUUGUGGUCUUCAGCAUCUAAAAACUAAGCAUAUAAUAUAGCACAAAA